UUUUAGGCAGUAUUUGUGUGUUCCUGCAGAGUUUUGCACAAAAGUCUGUUCCCAUGCAAACCAAUGAGGGAGAAGUGUCGGAAGAAAGCAGUUCCAAGGUGGAACAGGAGGACUUUGUAAUGGAAGAGCAUGGCAAGACUCCACCUCCCGGUGAAGAAAGCAAACAAGAGAAGGAGCAAGAAAGGGAAGAACAGUUAAUGGAAGACAAGAAAAGGAAGAAAGAGGAUAAAAAGAAAAAAGAAGCCACUCAGAAGGUCGCGGAACAAAAAACCAAAGUGCCCGAAGUGACGAAACCAAGUCUAAGCCAACCAGCGGCCGCCAGCCCGAUUGGCAGCUCUCCAUCGCCACCAAUCAAUGGUGGCAACAAUGCCAAAAGGGUGGCAGUGCCGAACGGACAACCGCCAAGCGCCGCCCGCUACAUGCCUCGGGAGGUGCCGCCGCGAUUCCGUUGCCAGCAGGACCACAAAGUGUUACUGAAACGUGGGCAGCCUCCUCCGCCAUCUUGCAUGCUCCUCGGUGGCGGGGCAGGGCCUCCUCUCCCCACAGCACCUGGUGCGCCGGGCACAGGGGCACUGCUGCCUGGCGAGGGCGGGGCCGCACCAGAGUCAACUCUUGGAGGUGCUGCUGCUUCAAAUUAUGCAAAUUCCACUUGGGGACCGGGAGCCUCCUCCAACAGUGGCGCCUCCCCCAACCCAAUUCACAAUUGGGAGAAGGUGAUUGUAGACGGGUCUGACAUGGAAGCGUGGCCUUGCAUUGCCAGCAAAGACACCGAGUCUUCUUCCGAAAACACCACCGAGAACAACAGUGCCUCAAACCCUGGUUCGGAGAAGAGCACUCUGCCAGGGAGCACCACUAGUAACAAAGGAAAAGGAAGCCAGAGCCAGGCGGCAGGUUCCGGGAACGAAUGUAAUCUUGGGGUCUGGAAAUCCGACCCCAAGGCUAAAUUGGUUCAAUCUUCCAACUCGACAACAGAGAACAACAAUGGACUAGGAAAUUGGAGGAACGUGAGUGGUCAGGAUAGAAUUGGACCUGGUUCUGGCUUCAGCAACUUUAACCCAAAUAGCAACCCAUCUGCCUGGCCAGCGCUGGUCCAAGAAGGAAAUUCUCGGAAGGGGGCGCUGGAGACGGAUCCUAGCAAUUCCAGCAGCCAGGUCGGCACUGGCCCGGCGUCCAGGGAACAACAGGCAAAGAUGGAAAAUGCGGGUGUUAAUUUUGUCUCUGGCCGAGAACAGGCUCAAAUCCAUAACACUGAAGGACCAAAAAAUGGAAACACUAACUCCUUGAACUUAAGUUCACCAAACCCUCUGGAGAAUAAGGGACUGCCCUUUGGUGUGGGCUUGGGGAACGGCUCCAGGAGCACCGAUACCCCUUCACAAAGCACUGGAGAUCGGAAGGCUGGGAGUGUUGGAUCUUGGGGUGCAGCUAGGGGCCCUUCUGGAACUGACACAACCUCUGGACAAAGCAAUUCUGGAAACAAUGGGAACAAUGGAAAGGAGAGAGAGGACUCCUGGAAGGCAGCGUCUGUUCAGAAGUUAAGUGGGUCAAAAAACGAUUCUUGGGACAGUACUAACAGGUCUACGGGUGGGUCCUGGAACUUUGGCCCCCAGGACUCGAGUGACAGCAAGUGGGGUGAAGGGAACAAAAUGACAUCCGGGGUCUCUCAGGGAGAAUGGAAACAGCUGACUGGGUCUGACGAGUUGAAAAUCGGAGAAUGGAGUGGCCCAAACCAACCAAAUUCUAGCACUGGAGCAUGGGACAAUCAGAAGGGCCACCCGCUCCCAGAAAACCAAGGCAACGCCCAGGCUCCCUGUUGGGGAAGAUCAUCCAGCUCCACAGGAAGUGAGGUUGGAGGUCAGAGCACUGGAAGCAACCACAAAGCAGGAAGUAGCGACAGUCACAGUUCCAGCCGCCGCUCCUACAGGCCCACCCACCCCGAUUGCCAGGCUGUCUUGCAGACUCUCUUGAGCCGGACUGAUUUGGACCCCAGGGUGCUGUCCAACACUGGCUGGGGCCAAACUCAAAUCAAGCAGGAGACAGUGUGGGAUAUCGAAGAGGUGCCAAGGCCUGAGGGGAAGUCGGACACCGGAACGGAGGGGUGGGAGAGCGCUGCCACACAGACCAAGAACUCAGGGGGCUGGGGCGACACACCUAGCCAAAGCAAUCAGAUGAAGUCUGGAUGGGGCGAGCUCUCGGCCUCUACAGAGUGGAAGGACCCCAAGAACACGGGGGGUUGGAGCGACUAUAAGAACAACAACUCCUCCAACUGGGGGGGAGGACGGCCAGAGGAGAAGGCCUCUUCUUCGUCCUGGAAUGAGAAUCCCAGCAAGGAUCAGGGCUGGGUAGGGGGCCGCCAGCCCAGCCAAGGGUGGACUUCCGGGAAGAACGGCUGGGGGGAGGAAGCAGAUCCAGCCAAGAACAGUAACUGGGACAGCUCAGCCAACAAACCUGUAUCUGGGUGGGGUGAGGGAGGCCAGAGUGAGAUCGGGACUUGGGGUAACGGGGGCAAUGCCAGCUUGACUUCCAAAAGCGGGUGGGAAGAUUGCAAGAGAUCGCCGGCCUGGACAGAGACUGGCCGACAGCCCAAUUCCUGGAAUAAACAGCACCAACAGCCGCCACCGCCACCACCACAGCAGCAGCCACCACCGCCGCAACCAGAGGCUUCUGGGUCCUGGGGGGGCCCGCCCCCACCCCCGCCAGGCAACGGGCGGCCUUCUAAUUCCAACUGGAGUAGUGGACCGCAGCCAGUCCCCUCGAAGGAUGAGGAGCCCAGUGGCUGGGAAGAGCCAUCCCCUCAGUCGAUCAGCCGCAAGAUGGACAUUGAUGACGGCACCUCCGCGUGGGGCGACCCCAACAGUUACAACUACAAGAAUGUGAACCUAUGGGACAAGAACUCCCAAGGGGGCCCAGCACCUCGAGAACCAAAUCUGCCCACUCCGAUGACCAGCAAAUCAGCAUCAGUCUGGAGCAAAAGCACACCACCUGCUCCAGAUAAUGGCACUUCAGCUUGGGGCGAGCCAAACGAAAGCAGUCCCGGGUGGGGCGAGCUGGAGGACCCGGGCGCGGCGACCACAGGCUGGGGGCCUGCGCCCUCCAACGUUCCAAAUGCCAUGAAACCUAAUUCCAAAUCUAUGCAAGAUGGCUGGGGGGAAAGUGAUGGGCCAGUGACCGGGACUCGCCAUCCCAGCUGGGAAGAGGAGGAGGACGGAGGAGUCUGGAACACUGCCGGAUCGCAAGGAAGCGCUUCGUCCCAUAACUCGGCCAGCUGGGGACAAGGAGGAAAGAAACAGAUGAAGUGCUCACUAAAGGGAGGGAACAACGAUUCAUGGAUGAAUCCUCUUGCCAAACAGUUUUCAAAUAUGGGAUUGCUGAGUCAAACUGAAGAUAAUCCAAGCAGCAAAAUGGAUUUAUCUGUAGGGAGCCUUCCAGACAAAAAAUUCGAUGUGGACAAGCGAGCAAUGAAUCUCGGGGAUUUCAAUGAUAUCAUGAGGAAGGAUCGGUCCGGGUUCCGUCCACCUAAUUCCAAAGACAUGGGAACCACAGAGAGUGGGCCUUACUUCGAGAAGCUGACUUUGCCUUUCUCCAAUCAAGAUGGGUGCCUUGGGGAUGAGGCUCCCUGCUCUCCCUUCUCCCCUUCUCCCAGCUACAAGCUGUCUCCCUCUGGUUCCACACUACCCAACGUCAGCCUUGGAGCAAUCGGCACAGGGCUCAACCCCCAAAACUUCGCUGCUAGACAAGGUGGCAAUCACGGUCUAUUUGGAAAUAGCACAGCACAAUCGAGAGGUAUGCACACACCAGUGCAGCCGCUAAAUUCUUCCCCUAAUCUCCGGGCGCAAGUGCCUCCCCAGUUUAUUUCCCCCCAGGUUUCUGCCUCAAUGCUCAAACAGUUUCCCAACAGUGGCCUGAACCCAGGUCUUUUCAAUGUGGGGCCUCAGUUAUCUCCUCAACAAAUUGCCAUGCUGAGCCAGCUUCCACAGAUUCCCCAGUUCCAGUUGGCGUGUCAGCUUCUCCUGCAGCAGCAGCAGCAGCAACAGCUCCUGCAGAACCAGAGGAAGAUUUCCCAAGCCGUGCGCCAACAGCAAGAGCAGCAGCUGGCCCGAAUGGUGAGUGUGCUCCAACAGCAACAGCAGCAGAGGCAGCCGAGCAUGAAGCAUUCUCCGUCACAUCCUGUGGGGCCCAAGCCACACUUGGACAACAUGGUUCCCAACGCGCUGAAUGUGGGGCUCCCAGACCUUCAAACCAAAGGGCCAGUACCUGGAUAUGGUUCUGGCUUCAGCUCUGGCGGCAUGGACUACGGCAUGGUCAGCGGGAAGGAGGCUGGGACGGAGUCUCGCUUUAAGCAGUGGACCUCCAUGAUGGAGGCUCUGCCCUCUGUGGCCACCCAGGAAGCCAAUAUGCACAAAAAUGGCGCUAUAGUGGCCCCCGGUAAGACCCGAGGAGGGUCACCAUACAACCAGUUUGAUCUCAUUCCGGGUGAGACACUGGGUGGCCAUACGGGUCCUGCUGGUGAUAGCUGGUUACCUGCCAAAUCUCCACCAACAAAUAAAAUCGGAAGUAAAUCCAGCAAUGCCAGUUGGCCUCCAGAAUUCCAACCAGGAGUGCCAUGGAAAGGUAUCCAAAACAUUGACCCUGAAUCCGACCCCUACGUCACCCCAGGAAGUGUGCUGGGGGGUCCAGCCACAUCUCCCAUUGUAGAUACUGACCACCAACUUCUGCGGGAUAACACCACAGGGUCUAACUCUUCCCUCAACACCUCGCUGCCUUCACCUGGUGCCUGGCCCUACAGUGCCUCUGACAACUCCUUUACCAACGUUCAUAGCACUUCAGCAAAGUUCCCUGACUAUAAAUCAACAUGGUCCCCAGACCCCAUAGGACACAACCCCUCUCACCUCUCCAACAAGAUGUGGAAGAACCAUCUUUCCUCAAGGAACACUACGCCGCUGCCCCGCCCGCCCCCUGGCCUGACCAACCCCAAACCGUCAUCUCCCUGGAGCAGCACAGCACCCCGAUCGGUCAGGGGGUGGGGGACACAGGACUCUCGACUUGCCUCAGCCUCUACCUGGAGUGACGGGGGUUCAGUGCGUCCGAGUUACUGGCUGGUUCUUCACAAUCUCACACCACAGAUUGAUGGGUCAACCUUGAGAACCAUCUGCAUGCAGCAUGGCCCGCUGCUGACAUUCCACCUGAACCUGACCCAGGGCACCGCCCUGAUCCGAUACAGCACCAAACAGGAGGCAGCCAAGGCCCAGACGGCGCUGCACAUGUGUGUGUUGGGUAACACUACCAUCCUGGCUGAAUUCGCCACCGAUGAUGAAGUCAGCCGAUUCCUGGCACAGGCGCAGCCCCCGACCCCGGCAGCGACCCCAAGUGCACCUGCAGCUGGUUGGCAGUCUCUGGAGACCGGCCAGACCCAGUCGGAUCCCGUGGGGCCGGCUCUGAAUCUGUUCGGUGGGUCCACGGGGCUGGGACAGUGGAGCAGCAGUGCUGGCGGCGGCAGCGGGGCCGACCUCGCCGGCGCUUCCUUGUGGGGCCCCCCAAACUAUUCUUCUAGCUUGUGGGGAGUCCCGGCUGUGGAAGACCCCCAUAGGAUGGGCAGUCCUGCUCCUUUACUACCUGGCGACCUUCUGGGAGGAGGGUCGGAUUCAAUCUGAACUUAGAACUUUCAACUCUGACCUCGUGACCUUUUUUGGAACAGCAGCAGCACUAACUUGACCUUUUCGUUUUUUUUUUUCAACUUGCAAUAAAUACAUUUUUAAAAGGAAAAAAGAAAACGGAGAGAGAAAAAAAAAAACAAAAAAACAAACAAAAAAAAGGUGGGUCACUGACAGACUGUCUGAGCACAUAGUUGCCUCCCUUCUAACUUCAGUUUUUUUUCGUUUGGAAUAUGAAUCCAAAAAAGAGAACAUAUCACUCUUGAAAUACUUGAAUCAUGAACGCCAACCUAGAAAGACAAUGUGAAGCAAGUACACACAUACCAUUUAAAUUUAAACACAAAAAAAAUUAAAAAAAUUAGUUUCUAGUUUUUCACUUUUUUCAUGUUAUAUGGAAGUUGUUGCUAAGAAACAUAUAUACUGAAAAAAAAUAGCUUUUUAACUUUGUUUGCACUGGGUGUUUCCGUCCUUAGGUCUACCAUGUUUGGGAGGGAGGGGAAUUCAAAAGAAUUGUUGGGGUGGGGAGGGAGGGAAGACUUGACGGAGCCUCACUUUAAAAACAAAAAACACAAAAAACCUUAAAAAAAAAAAGGAAAAACUUUGUGAUUGGCUGGUUGAUAAAUACCAGUGUGUUCUGGCACAUGUAAUUGCCCAGGCAUGCUCGUUCUUGUAUGUGUGGUGCACGUGUGUUCAUGUGCAUUCUUCCUGUCUCUGUGUGUGUGCGUGUGCGUGUGCGCACCUCUGUCCUCCCGCCCCACCCCAGUUUCUCAAAAGCUGCGUUGCUGACAGUCUGCAGGCUGGCUGGCCGGCCAUCUGCUUUCGAUUUUUAUUCUUUUUUAACUCUGAGAACACACAAGCACACGAGUUGCUGCCGAAGCAGCUCCGUCGGGCCGUGUUGAAGAUGAGCCUAGGGCUUUUUCACGAUUCGAGCAGGGAGUUUUCCUUGGCGUUCGCAAAACUAGCCUGAGUGCGCUUUCCUCCGGAUUUCCUUCGGACCUAGCCGUAGAGGGGCCACUGCCAGUCUCAAACCUUAGAACAGGAGGUACCUCUUGGAGCGACUGUGUGUUUAUUUAUUUCUGUUUUGGUUUUGUUUUUAAAGUAAGUGGCCGCUAGGCUGACCUGAGUAUCUGUACACGUUUUUCCCUGUCCUCUUUUUCUUGACUUUGACUUGGGAACAGGUGAUAGGAUAAAAGACCGUUUUGCAUCAAGUGGUGUCUCAGAAGCAGAAAAGCCGUGCUCCCCUCCUUCCUUUUUCAUUAAUCAGGUAUGAGAAAUCUCAUCAGCGUGUCAGGUAAUGAGGAAUUAAAGAUUGCCGUGGGUUCUCUCUUUCAUUGUGUGGAAACAGGAAAAAAAAAUUGUGAGCAGCCUCCUGAGAGUCCCCCUUGCUUCACCCUUGUGCUCCCCUGCCUCACCCUGCGCCCUGCUUGCUGAGCGUUGCCUGUGCCAGGCCUCGGUGUCCCAGCUCCGGCCAUCACUGACAGAAACGUUUACUUAACGAAUGUUCUUAAACCAGUGUGUACUUCAAGCGUCUCCUCUUGUCUCUGUGUUGUGUAUCUCCUGUGUAUGUGGUUUUGCUUAGGCAAGUAUAACUUAGCAAAGACUUUUUAAGUAUUGCACCUUUUAUUUUGGUUGUGACUUUCUCCCCCCUCCUUACAAUGUUGCUUUUAAAAGAAAAAAAUUUUUUUUUCGGUAUUUAAAUACUUUUUUUUUUAAAGCAUCAUGUAGUAGUACUCUGGGCUGAAUAGGGGGCGACUUUUAAUCCAGUUAUCACCAACAUGUAUGUAUUUAAGUUGGAAUCAAAAUGUAUCAAACUGCUUUUUUUAUUUUGUGUGAAGAGUUACAGCAGACCUGAAGGGGAACCUCCCCCUUUCUACAAAGCGGGGUGCGGGGGUGUGGGGGGGAGCCUGUGCCGGUAGUGUGCUAGCACUUGUGUGGACUUUGGGUCUGCGUUAGACUGUUCAACAUAAAGUGCCGACAUUCUGAACCAGCAAAUACCUGCCCAUUCCAACCCUCGGUGGGAGCACUUCUCUGCUGUCCUCCGUAACUCGCUGCUAGUGAGGACAAGGAAGUCUGUCUGUCUUUAGCAUCUUCCGUGAAGGAUACAGCAAUGCCUGAUGUAUUUGACAUUUAUUUAGCUGGUGUCUGUGUGUAGGUAGGUGGGUGGGUGGGUAUGUCUAGGCAAAAACAAAAACAAAAGGCAGCACUGAGUUGUUUGCACCAAGUGGUUUUGUGAGACAGAGAAUGAGAGUCAUGGAGACCUGUCGGCUCAGAUUCUGCCCAAGCUGCAAGAGAUUGGCGCGUCAGCCCCCGGAGUGGCCCCUCAGACGCCCCUUGGUGGGCGAUUGUGGGGAGGGGGCUGCCCCGGGUGGGCCCUCCGGAUGCCUUGUGGAGAACGUGACUGUGCCCUCCUCCUGUCCCCACCCUCGUCACCACCAUGUUCCAUCCUCCGCCGCACAUGGGGACUGUGAGUCCCCUGCAGCUUCCUCCUACCGCUCUCCGUGGGUGGUGCUGGGGGCUGUGGGGAGGGGGGGGAACCUGGCCUUGUUUCUGCUCCCAUAGAAGGUGAAAGAAACCCUUAGUGUCCCUGGGCCAGGAGCGUGUCACAUGGUGACCCUGUCCACUGCCACUUAUGGUUCCCUGCUGUAUCCUGUCCCUCCAACUCCCACCUGCCUGUUGGUUUCUUGACCUGCACUAUGGGUUAGUUGAGUUCCUUAUGAUACUACGGUGAAAGCCGGGUGCUAGAGCCCCUCUUGUUUACAAGACAUAAUGAGGGAUUUGAAAUAUGUAAAAAAAAAAAAAAAAAAAAAAAAGAAGAAGCUAAAUAUGUUCUUCCAUCAUAAGCUUAAAGGGAAAAAAAUUUAAACUUAAAAAAGACCAAAAAGUGUGUGUGUGUGUGUGUAUAUAUAUGUUAUAUGCAUAUAUACCCAUACAUAUAUAUAUUUAUACACACACAUAAAUAUAUAUUUUAGAUGAAGACUAACUCUGGGAGCAUUUAACAGUGUUUUUUGUUUGUUUUUAACAUUUGUUUUCCUGCUUUAAAAUUUGCAAGUAUUCUCAGGAAUUCUAGGGUAGGAAGCCAGUUUUUUGAUGAUGGUUUAUUUAACCGUAUCUUAUCCUAGAUAGACGGCUGUUUCUUUCCUGUUAAUAGACUUUUACAAGUUCCUGAAACUUCAGAAAGUUGAAAAAAUUUUUAACUUCAAAAAAUGUAAAAAGAGAAGUCUCCAAACAUUAUUGUCAUACUGGGAAUCAUACAUUUUUAAAUCACAGGAAUAUUUUUUAAAAAUUAUCAGUUUAGCAGCAACAGGUAAAAUUCAUUAUCUUAAAAAAAAAAUGUGGGAGACAUGUUAGGCUUUAUACUCCAUAGAUUUAUUUGAAGCUGUGUGUGACUUACUGGGAGUUUAAAUGGGAAUGCCAUCACUUUGUUUCUUUCCAUUUAAGACUGAACUGAAAUCUCCCUUCAAUAAUUUAUUCUUUUUAAAGGAACCCUUCUAUUUGGUUCACCCCAACUUCAGCUACAAAAAGAA